AUGAACUCGUCGAGCAUUAGCUCAGCAGUGCCGACAAUUAAAUGUGAGGAUACGUCUCCCUCGCCUACAGCUGCCGUUGGUACAGACGGAGAGUCGGGGGCAUAUCUUAGUGUUAACGUCAAUCUGAGUACUGCCAUGAUGAACCUACUCGCUGCGGAAGGCGCCAACACCACGCUGAGAACACCAGAAAUCGUUAACGACCUAAUCACCAUGUCAAACCCCAUGGACCAAUACAACUACGACAAAAAUUCCAGCUUCAAGAACAGCAAUGACUCGAAUUCUUCAAUGUCAAACAGUUCGUCAGCUACCUCGCCAGCCUCUGGAACACCGCCCAGCAUACAAAAGACCUGCUCGGAACUGAUCAAGGCUGGUCUGAAGUUAUCCAUCGAGUCGAAAAGGAAAAUGUCAGGAAGCGAUACGGAUGUUGGCAUCAAGAGAAUGAAGAAGGAGGAGAGUGAUGAUGAUUACGACAGCAGUCAUACCCAGGUGUCUAGAAACGAGCUAACGCCAGAAGACGAGGAAAGGAGACGUCGUAGAAGGGAAAGAAACAAAAUAGCAGCGACUAAAUGUAGAAUGAAGAAGCGAGAACGAACUGUGAACCUCGUGAAUGAAAGCGAAGUACUUGAAAACCAGAAUAUUGACCUCAAGGCACAACUUAAGGAUCUCGAAGUCCAGAAGCGACAGUUGUUAGACAUGUUAUCACAGCACGCGUCUUCAUGUGUACGGAACAACUCAAACGCCAGAACAUCACCGAACUUCAAUAUGAUGAGGACGUUCGAGUCACCAACAACAUUCCCCGUCAACUACGACGCCCACUCGCCCUACAUACGACCAGAGUCAGCGAAUAUACUAGCUUCAAGCUAUACAUGCGCUACACCACUCAACGAGACCAUAGAUACUAUGUCGUUAGACGCGGCUUACAUGACGUCGCAGAACAUAGACGUCGAAUACAACAGACCAGACAGCGUCAUCAGUAUUCCCGCCAAUUCCGACAGUUACAUCACAACAGAUGGAUACCUACCAAAAGCAACAGCCAUCCUAGGUCCGAUCGAACCGGAAACGGAAUACUAUGAUAAUGAGAUUAAUUACGUCACACAACAAUGUCACAGUUACCCCAACAACAUACAGGACUCACAACAGAAAAUGAACAACAGUCUGAACGACGGCUGUCUGGUCUAA